AUAAGAAGAAGAACAAUGAGCGACACAGAGGAGGCUCAAGACGGAUACGUCGUUCGCCUUCCCCGCAGACUCAUCGUGCGGGCCUUGAUGGUGAUAACGGCAAGCGUCUUCCUCUUGGUUGUUCUACUACUGGUCUUUGCGAUAGGGCCUCGAAUGGCACAGAAGGAGAUUCCGGAACCCGAGCCCUUCUGUUGCCCCAGCGAUGGGCGCCAUAUCGUCGCCGUCGUCAACGACUCGGUCGACCCUUGCGAGGAUCUUUACUCUUACAUCUGCACCUCUACCGUGACCAACGAGGUCGAGAAGCCUGCGUCGCUGCUCGAAAUGCUUGAGGCGAUGAUCACCACCGCUACAGCAGCGAAUGGCUCCUCCGCCUCCGCCUCCUUACUGUCCAAAAGUAGGGCGGGAAUGUUCCUCCAGAAGCUGUACGCAGCCUGCGUGGUCGCCGCGAAAGGAGAGAGGCAACGCGACGAGCACGGCCGGGGCAUUUCUUUCCUCUCUGCGCAGAUGGCAUCAGCUCUUUGGGACAGUGGAAAAGAGCUGCUAACCUGGAUGAACAGCACUAAUCUACUGACGUACCUGUUUAUUACGAACUUGAGGUACCGUAUCCGGUCGGUAGUGGAAAUAGUCUACACCAGCUGGGACACGACGCUCCUCUUCAGCCACGACGCCUUGGACUGGGGCUCCGAGAUGCACCUACUAUGCGAAGAAUGCGUUGCGGCUGCAUUGAUAGUCUACCAUCAGCACGUGAACAGUAGCCUUGUUGGCAACGGUGACUUCCGGGAGGCAGCCAAUGGCACGCUCGUCACGUUUGACGAUGUUAGCGUCUUUGCCACGCGCCUUCACAGGCUAUAUUCGAAGAAGAAAGUCGUGGGACACUUUGUGAUGGACAAUGUAUCACAGCUUUGGCCUGCCGAAGACAUCCUAAAUUCCUUACAAGUACUACCUUGGCUGGACUCAAGCGCAAACGUGAACUUUGAGUGUUUUGCACUCAAUCAGAUUGUCGUUCUUCGAAGCGAAAUCACGAAAAGGGAAAACUGGGCUGUCGGGGCUGUCUAUCUCAUUGCACACACGGUCGCUCGAGCCUUUAUGAGUAUUUCUCCAGAAGCAGUGAAAGAAGUCCACUGCGUGAUGUUAACCACUACACUGAGACAGCUCGUGAGCGCCACGUUCUGGGAGUUGUACGGCACGCCGGAGAAGGAAACUGUGAUUGCGGACAUUUACAAGAGCGUUCUUGAUGCAGUGGCCCUUGACGUGUCUAGGCAUAUUGCCUCCAGCGGAGAUCAAAACGCGCGCCUGAGGCUAAGUAACGUAAUGGGCAAUGUUACCCUCGUCACUGCUGCCGUCACAAACGCCAAAGUAGGCCAGAUACCGCAAGAAACAGAUGAAGACUACGCACGAAGCCUCUUGGUCGCCCGAUCGUUUGAGUUCGAGGCGUGGAAGAACCGUAUGGCUCUUGGCCUGCCUACAUGGUUCACCGAGAAGCCUGUCCUUCAUACGAGGCAACGACUGUACCUAGAGGUGCCAGCGUCCUUUUAUGGCGUCGUACACGUCACCAAGGGUCCCAGCCCGCUCAACAUGGCCGUGCUAGGCGUACGCGUGGCCGAGAUUCUGUGGCGCGUCGUGCUCCUCGAAGAGUGGGAUGGUGAAGCGCAGGUCAAGGUGGACGCGCUGCUACGCUGCUUCAGUCACGCCUUCACUGCGACCCACGUCCACGACCAUCGUGUAAGCGGGGGGGAGCACGCGAUCGCCGUCUCUCUGGCGGCCACCUCGUUGGCCCUGCGGAGCGUGAUGAGGGCGGCGCUAGUCCAGGACUGGUACACAACGCGCGAUGUGGGAGGACGCGGCGGCGCUACAGAGGCUUCGCCGUCACGACUGUCGCAUGCGCAGUUCUUCUUCCUGGAGGAGGCGUACGCCCGCUGCCCGCGCGGAGAAGCCAAGUGGCCCGAUGCGAGAUGCUUCAACGUGCCUGCGGCGUACGUGCCCGAGUUUAAGCGUGCCUUCGAGUGUCCGCACAAGGAGAGCGCAGACACGCUUAGGACAUGCGCCAUGGUGUGAAACCUGCCAGCUCGCUCGACGACUUGAAAAUUCGAGCGAGAUAGUGGCACCCAUCAGUCUUUGGUGCUUUUGUGUGCCCCUUACUUGAUGACCUAAUUAUAUACUUGACUGUUCUUUUUAA